GUACAAAGGACCAUUGCUGGACGAUGGCGCUUUGGAUUUGGCUGUUAAGGGUGGAGCUACUUCACCUGAAUACACUAAGCUUAUUGCCUGGCUAGUGUCAGAAUUGAGGUUAUUCUGCAAAUUGGAGGAGACUGUGCAAGCGACGAACAGUCCAAAAGAAGCAGAAGAAUUUCAGUUGGAAGUAAGUGGGCUAAUGAAUGAAAUGAACUGCCCCUACUCUGUUCUUGUAAGUGGAGAUGUGACAAAACGCCUCCUGAACAAGACUAACUCGCUGCUACUACUCAUGUACCUGAUAUCUGAAUUAGAGGCUUCAAGAAUGAUGACUGUACACAAUCCACCAAAGAAACAGCAAGAAGGGGGUGGAGGAGGAGGAGGACCUGGCGGUGAAGUUUUCCAGGAACUGAAAGGAAUUUGCGUUGCACUGGGUAUGUCCAAACCACCAGCCAAUAUCACAAUGUUCCAGUUUUUCAGCGGCAUUGAGAAAAAGUUGAGAGAGACCUUAUCAAAAGUGCCGCAUAAUUUUGUGGGGAAACCCCUUCUGAAGAAACCACUGGGACCACUUCAUUGGGAAAAAAUUGAAACUACCAAUCAAGCCCUUGUCAAUGAAUAUGAAGUGCGAAGAAAAAUGUUGUUAAAACGUUUGGAUGUGACUGUACAGUCUUUUGGCUGGUCUGAUCGAGCUAAGGCUCAGUCAGAAAAGUUGGCCAAGGUGUACCAGCCUAAACGGAGUGCCUUAUCACCAAAGUGCACAAUUUCUGUUGCACACCUUCUGUCAGCUCGAGAAGAUUUGUCAAAGAUUCUAAAAACCAGCAGUGGUUCCAUUAGAGAAAAGAGCAUUUGUGCCAUCAAUAAGGUUUUGAUGGGCAGAGUUCCAGACAGAGGUGGCAGACCUAAUGAAAUCGAGCCUCCACCUCCUGAGAUGCCACCAUGGCAGAAGACCCAACAGCAGGCUCCUCAGCAGUAUGGUGGAAGAGGAGGAGGUGGCGGUGGAGGAAGAGGAGGCUAUGACCAGUCUUACGGAGGCAGAGAUGGAGGUCGAGGUGGUGGACGUGGAGGGUCAGAUCAAGGAGGCAGAGGCCGAGGAGGCAAAGUUCAAGGAAGCUGGUCAGAUGGUGGUGGUGGUAGUAGCUACCAAGGUGGCAGCUAUCAGGAUGCAGGCCACCAGUCAGGUGGCUACCAAAGUGGAAAUUACCAAGGUGGUGGAUAUCAAGGAGGUGGCUACCAUGGUGGUUUUCAGUCUUCAUAUCAAGGAAGUGGUUAUCAAGGUGGUGGCAGUGGUUACCAAAGUGGUGGCUACCAAGGUAGUGGAGGAGGCUACCAGGGCGGAGGAGGCUAUCAGGGUGGAGGUGGUGGCUACCAAGGCGGAGGUGGAUACCAAGGUGGCAGUGGUGGCUACCAAGGUGGUAGCUCUUCUGGAAGUAACUAUCAGCAAGACAACCGAUACCAAGAUAGUAAUUACAGUGAUCGAGGUGGAGGCCGUGGUGGAGGUCGAGGUGGCCGAGGAGGCCGUGGAGGCCGCGGAGGUCAAGGUGGAGGUGGCUGGGGAGGCAGAGGGGGUCAAAACUACAAUCAAGGAGGGCAAUUUGAGCAGCAUUUCCAACAAGGAGGUUAUCAAUAUAGUCAGUCUGGUUUUGCACAAGGAAAACACUACUCUAGCUGAGAUUGUGGAAACAAAACCUGCCACAUAGUGCUGUCAUUAGAAAAUGCACAUUUGAAAAGGCUUGGAUGUUGCUUUUUUCAUCAAAAUGACCUAAAGGACAAAAAAAGUGGUUUGGAUGACAGUUUUUUUGUGAACUGCUAGUUCUGGCACUUGGAAAGGAUGCCAUUUUGUUGAUACUUUUGUUUAUGAAAUAUGUGCUGUACUUGUUCUUUAAAUCUGAAAGACUUCACAUUUGUCAGAAUGCUGCAAGAGUUUACUAAAGGUAUUUGAACUGUUUUAACAAGUACCACCAUUGUUUCAAACUUGUCUCAUGUUUGAGUAGAACUGAUAUAGGAGAAUGUAUACAUGAGGUAAAUAUGUAGAAAGAUGCUUGCUAUAAACUGUCCUGGGGGGACACCCACUGCUGAAUAAAAGCACACAAAUGCA